AUGGCUCAUGCUCACGUUGAUCCACCCUCAUACUGCACGGAAGACCCACCGGUGUACAGUCCGACAUGCCAGUCACUGGUUCCUCCUGUUUUUUACACAUUAAAUCGGCAUCCGAGUCUCGGGGACUACCAGGCGAUAUCCGACAACGGCGAUGUGGCAUUCUCGGUGGAGGUUCACAAUUGGAAGAUUAGUACACCUGAUAUGAGAAUUUACCAAGGAACUAAGGAAUCUGGACAGAGAGUCGCCGAGUGUACGUACGCCGAAAGCGACACCUCCAGUCGAUGCGAUACCGGUUGGAUCAGGGGCAGCAACAAGUCACAUCACCUGGGUGGAAAAAUGCUUGUUGCGUGGUGGACAAGGACGACUCAAAAUACUGUCGCGCUGUAUCGAUUCGCCGCCAUGGUUCAACCUGGUCCAACCCAAGAAACAUCCCAUGUGAAGACUCCCAGAACCUUUGCGUGGGUGAGGUCGUCAACCCUGAACCUCCUGGAUGAAGAGACCGGCUCGGUUGUUGCUACAGCUCACCAGCCCCAAUCCGGUUCCAUGCGGUACAGUCGUUUGGAGAUAACUACAACACAUGGCAGAGAGUUCGACCUCAUUGCUUUGAGUACAUAUAUCGUACUGCUCGAAAAGCAGAGGCUUCAUUGA